AUGGGGGACGAUUUUCCGAAGUGGUGGCGCGCCGCGGUGACGUUCGCGGUGAUGAGCGAAGAUCAAACGCCGAAUCUUGGGUUGCAUUGGUAUCUAUUCACGACGAUGUUUGAUCAGUUUCGUCUGUUUUACGUCGUCGCUCUGAACGCGAUUCCGCUGGCCCUGUCCGCGCCGCUGACGCUUGGGUUCGCAGACGAUCCUCUCGUCGCCAUGACGUUGUGUUUGAUAGCCAUCUCGACGUGCGCGCCGUAUCCGACCGCGAACGAUUUCGUGACGUACGUUUCCCUGCUCUCCGUCGUCGCCAUGGACGAUCGUGGAAAUCCGUUGGUGUACGUCAAGUACGGCGCCGUCAUCGCGGGAGGUUUCUUGUACGUCGCUCUGUUGAGCCCUUUGACGUGGUACAUGUGGAUACACACUCGGGUUGCGAACGCAAAUUUCUACUACGCCAUCACUCUGGUGUACGCGUGCACGCAGACGCUCUUGUCGACGCAAGUGGCGCGAAGCGUCGCGCGGUUUCGCCGCGCCGGGAAGAAGCGCGAUUAG